AGAAACUUGUGGAUCUAAAACAGAUGUAAAUCAUGGCGUGUCAAGCAGGACCUUCCACAUUGUCAACACAUUGCACCUUCCAUCCUUCGUGGAACUUCCACAUUGUCUUGGCACCCACGCCUUUCCAUCCUUCAAAUACCAUCUCACAACUCAAGUUCAAAAACACGAUGAUGUUCACAGUCCUCCAACUUCUCGUCAUUGCGGCACCAAUCUUCCAGGUGAUCUUAGCCUCCGACCCCGAUCCCCUCCAGGAUUUUUGCGUGGCCGACCUCGCAAAGGACCUCACUCUCAAUGGCUACCCUUGCAAGCGAGCAGCCAACACCACCACCGAGGAUUUCAUCUUCUCGGGCCUUCGAAACUCCGGAAACACCAGUGUCCCAUCGAGAGCCGUGGCGACAUUUGGCUUCGUCAACGAUUAUCCGGGGCUCAACACUCUCGGCCUCUCCAUAGCCAGGCUCGACUUUGCUCCCGGCGGUCUCAUCCCUCCACACACGCACCCACGAGGCUCAGAGAUCAUCUACGUCGUGGAAGGGAGCUUGUACGCCGGAUUCGUCACCACCCAGAACCAGCUCUUUGCUCGGGUCAUCUCCAAAGGCGACGUGAUGAUCUUCCCGCGGGGUUUGAUCCACUGGCAGCUCAACGUUGGCAACACCACCGCCAUGGCCGUGGUGACGCUAGAUUCGCAGUCACCGGGCAUCCAGCUCAUUGCAAGCUCCAUGUUUGGAUCGGACAUCCUGGACGAGGUGCUCGUCAAGACCUUCUUUAUUGAUGAGAAUGCGGUCCGGCAGCUCAAGGCGACGUUCUCUGGCUCCUCCUAAAUAGUUCAUGGUUUCAUAUAGAAACUUA